UUCACCACAACACCCUAAGGAAAGCCUUUUUUAAUUUCUGGGCAAUGACCAGAUACACAUAUGACUUUUCAUGCAUUCGCUGUGGCCAUGAACCACCUAUCUUGAUUGCUGACGGCAACUGGAAGGUGGCUUUUGAUUUGCCUGUCAAUCUCCUGAAGAGACCUUGUACCGAAAAUGUGGAACAGAGUGACCUUAGUGUCAAUGUUGCUGAAAGAUGGUCGUCAUUAGAAAAGGAGCUAAUUUGAGUUGGUUUCUGUUACGAAACAAAGGAGAAAAACCCCUUUUCCAGUGAACUAUCUUAUUCAUCUUUUGCCCCAUGGCUUGGAUCCUCCUGCAGGGUUGGACCAAUUGUUCCAAAAACAGAGAUCCUCAAAGGAUUUUCAGAGAGACUAUGUGACAAGUCACCUCCUGUAGAUUCUCAUGCAGUUGAGGACACUGUGUUAAAACUGAUCGAAUCCAAAAAGCCUUCCAAAAAUGAGCUGCUUGCAGCAUGUACACAGCUUGGUGUGUCUUCUGCUGGCUCUGCCUCAGAUAUUAUUAAUCGUUUGGAGGAGCUUCUUCUUUACAAAGACAUUUACCCAAAAAUGUUCAUCAAAUUGCAGAAGACUGGAGGUGGUGUUCUUCAUUUUGGAUGCCCACAUGCCAUUGUUUACUGUUGCUCCCCUCUUUGGUGGCAAGAGUCAGCGAGGUACCGUGUUGAUGCACUUUUGAGUUUGAAAACUCCGCCGACUAUGUACAUUUCAGAUGUAGCUGGACGUGUUGCACAACACGCCAACAACAGAACUCGCCAGGCAUUUUUCAGGCCUUUUGAUGGCAGACUGUGUGAAGCCACAGCUGAAAAUGUGGCCAAGGCUUCAUCCAAGGAGCUUGUUGUCCAUUUACCCUGGGUUAAAACCAUGAAAGAAGGUGGACGUGUCCAGAGUCAAAAUAAUGGAGCCACAGAAGCACUUGACAAACCUCACCCCAUCACAGGAACAUCAGAUAGAUUUUCGUUGUACGACCGCUUUCAUCAGCAUAACCAAAAACAGGAAAAAGAGAAACUGAGAAGCCUUGAUCUUGUCCCAGAGCUCACUAGCCUCAUCAACUCUUCCAUGGCAGAGCAGCUUAACCGGGAGCUUGCAAAUUCUCGAUACUUUCUUUGCCAGUUGAAAGAUAUUCAUUAUAUGUUUGCACUUCGAUUGGUGUUCCAUUUGCAUAACAGCAGAGUGAACAAAGUAUUUAUGGACAAAAUGCUAAGGCAGACACAAGGGUCAGCUGAAGUUAGACCAGAUGGAAAACUGUGCCUCUUCACUACAUAUAGAGGCACUCAGUCAAAUUUAAAAAAUCCUGAGUAUAUUAAAGAAAAGAAGAAAGAAUUCAUCUCAGGGGAAGGACAACACUUCAGCACAUCAGUUUUCCCCAUCUUGAAGGAAAACAAGGACAAGCUUUCUGAACUGUACUCCACUGUACGAAAUUAUGCUUCUGUCCUUGUGCAAAUUGACAACUGUAUAAUAACAAUUAAGGACCUACUGACAAUCUAUCCUGCACAGUCCAUUUCACCCGAAUCAGAAGACAUCCUACCCAACCAGCCAUGGCUGACUGAUGAUGCUGUCAACACUAGAGUAGCACAGCUUGCAUCAACAACACCCAAUGUUGUGAUGCUCCCAUCAUUUACAUUUAUUUCCUGGUGGAGAGACUGGAUCACUCAAAAAAAAAUCUCCUCUCGAAAUUUAACAUGCUUGAAGAAUCUUAAAGCCAGUGACACUGUGGUUUUUCCUCGAUGUGUUGGUAAAGAUGAGAACCCUGAGACCGGGAACCACUUCAUUUUGUGGGUCUUCUGUGGUCAAAGUCAUGAGCUCCAGGUGUUUGAUUCCAUGGGGCUUUACAAAGACAUACCAGAACGCCACAUGGAAAUACUAUGUCAUGCCUUCAGUAACACAUGGAAACUUGCUGAUUGGAAAAUCUCUUAUCCACCCCAGUGGCUUCAGAGCCAGGGAGAUGCAAACAACUGUGGAGUGUUUGUAUGCACUGUGGCAGAGAUGGAGCUGAAGGGCUACAAGCUGACCACAGAGACCAUCGGCCUGUCACAAACACAAUAUCUACGAGAAUAUCAUGCAACAGUCUUAGAUUCAAUGAAAAAGCCAGAAAAACCAAUGCAGUGCAUGGCUGGUGACUUGCGUGUGUGCUGCUUCCAAAAAGUGGGCCAAGGGCCAUUGUAUCCCAGUGUUGAGAAGAUCCUGUGGGUACAGUGUGACAUGUUCUUGGGCUGGCUACACACAGAUUGUGCUGGAGUGAAAGAAAGUGAGGUCAAAAAAGGCAUCUUUAAAUGUGGAUGUGAUUUGACACAACCAUACACUUUUGAUAGCACUCGGAAUGCUCUGAGACUUGGAAUUGACAACAUAAUCUCAGAUGAAGACAUAAAAGGAAUAAGCAGGACACACACACGUAGCAAGGGGUUUGACGAACAAUACCGGUGUCGUGCCAAGGUACUUACCCCUGAUAAAAAGUGUACCCCCCAGUCACGGGAGCACGCAUGCAUGCAGUGCCUCCCUGGUGAGCGGUCCAACUGUAAGGUGUACGGAGUCAAUCCUUCAAAAGUACUGACCCCAGCAUUGCGUGACUUGUGUGCGGACAUACAAGCGACCAACAAUUCUGUUAAAGAGCUAAGAGUGGAGCUUGAGGCACUAGCUAGCGCGGUGAAACAGACACGUGACCUGGUCGAUUCUGUUCAAGCAGCUGCACGUGAGUAUAGGAGGACAGUCACGGACUUAAAAAAUCAGCUGGAGCAACUCACUGAGAAGAUGAUGGAUAUUGAGGAUAGGAGCAGGAGAAAUAACGUGCGACUGGUGGGGUUGCUGGAGGGGGCGGAAGGCUCCAAUGCAGCUGGCUUCCUCAGAGCUUAUCUUUCCAAGUGGAUAACUUCCCUGAAAGGCCGUGACAUCGAGAUUCCCUUCCUCACCUAUCCGGCGGUAAUUAAACUAUGGCACAAGGGUGAGCAGAUGAUGUUCGACUCUCCUCAGAAAGCAGAGGAUUUUAUCAGCUUACUGUCACAGAAGAAGACUUAUGCUGCAGCUCUACAAGGCAACGGGAAAACAGUGGCCACCAACACCGGCCCGCUGAAACUAAGCGACAAGCACAUCACCCACCUUCAAGAGGAGCUGACACAUGCUCAACGCCGCAUAGACACACUGAAAGUGAAAGUUCAAGGUCAACUCAAAGCACCCAACGAGAGGGAGCAGGAAACAACGGAACAAGUAAAAGAGCUCCAAGCAGCCCCGACAGCAGCUCAGCUCGACCAACAACAUGCAAAGGCUGCCCAGAAAGACCUGGUAAACAGACUCCAGUAUGCCAAACAGCUACUAGAGAAAGUCAAGAAUGACAUCAGUGACAAGAAUGCUGAAAUCAGUGCCUUGGAAGACUACCUUGAAAGAACAGAGUCCCACAUCCAAGAACUGGCAUACAACAAAAGAAGUGAAGAGCCACAGCCUAAAACAUCACCUGCCUUCACUACAGAACUCUUUCCUGUCAACGAAAGAAAACCUCCCAUCCAAGCAGACCUUGGAGCUGCACAUGGGAUGACCGUCAAAGACAAGCUGUCUAAAAACAUCUACAAGUUCAACCCGAACUCCACAGAGGGCCACGACAUCCAGGCCCACCUGCAAGAUAUCGACUUUUAUCUAAAAUGUGUAUUGCUUUUUGUAUCUCUGCUUUUUAGUGCUCUUUGA